CUUGUUUCUCGCUCUAAUGCUAGUUCACAGAAUCGUGAUGCAUUAGUAGGGAUUUCCCACAAAACCAUCAAAACACGAUCCGAAACACUCAAGACUGCCUGGGAGUCCAAACAAAGCCGUCAACAGUAGUAGUGUGCACAUUCUCUUUCGCUCACACUAGAGUCUAAGGGAGAACCCAAAGACAUGACAGGGAGCCGAACAAACCGUAUAUGAAGAGCCUUAAAGGAUAAUCCUGGCCGGACUGUACUCUAGUGCGCUGCACGUUCCUGGUUGGGUUUAGGUCCUUACUUCUAUCCAUUUUGACUGCUCUUAUCGGCUUUCACAUAGUUCUGGCCACGAGCCCAUCGAAGCCGUGGUGCUUGCUGAAUAAACACCACCGAUCUUCUCACGAAUUCGACAUAUAUAUAUAGCAGCUAGCGGCCACUGCCAAUCCUCUCAGGAACCAGAAUGGGCUUGCUAUCGCGAGUGAGCGGUUAUUAUGGACCUAUGAUCGCGAUUGUUCUUGGGAUGAUCCUGGUAGUGCGCUCAGCGAGGCUUAGGCGAAAACUUCCGCCUGGUCCAAGAGCUCUUCCUCUCAUAGGAAAUCUGUUGGAUCUCCCACGCAGCCACGAAUGGUUGACGUACGUUGAGUGGGGGAGAAAAUUCAGUCAGGUCUUACCUCGGUUGUCAGGUUCGCGAACUCAAUGCCAUCGCAACAGAUUCCGAUAUCGUUCACUUCGAAUUCGCCGGUACCACGACCAUAAUCUUGAACUCCUAUGAGGCCAUCAAUGACCUUUUGGAGAAGCGGUCAAAUAUAUAUUCAAGCAGGCCGAAAUGGACGAUGUUGAAUGAGGUGAUUGGAUGGAAUUGGAUACUCAUCACAAUGCCCUAUGGGAAGUCGUGGAAUACCCGCCGAAAACUCGUUCAUCAAGAAUUCAACCCGAAGCAAUCAGAACGAUAUGAACCGCAAACAGUCAAGGCAGUCAGGAAUCUACUGGUUGACCUUCUUCGUGAACCCGACAACUUCUGUCAUCUUUUUCGACACAUGGCCGGUUCUAUAAUUCUCUCUAUAACCUAUGGCAUCACCAUUAAACCAGCGGAAAUCGGUGACCCAGCGAUAGACACAGCUGAACGAGCACUUGAGGGUUUCGAGGCUGCUGCUGUCCUGGGGUCAUUCCUAGUCGACUACCUUCCGAUUCUCAAAUACCUACCUUCAUGGUUUCCUGGGGCAUCUUUCAAACUCAAGGGAAGAGAAUGGGGGAAGGAUGCUGACAGGAUGUUGAACGAGCCUUUUGAUAUUGUCAAGGAGCAGAUUGUUAACGGAUCAAAUAAGCCCUGUUUUGUCUCUUACUGUCUGGACAGAAAGAAUGCCAAAGAUGUGGAUGAAACAGUUGUACGGGAGUCUGCUGGUGCUAUGUAUCUUGCUGGCACCGAUACGACCGUCUGCGCCCUUCAUAUCUUCAUCCUCGCCAUGGUGUGCUACCCCGAAGCCCAGAGAUUAGCUCAAGAAGAACUGGACAGGGUUGUCGACCCAGACAGGCUACCGGAUUUGAAGGAUCGCGAUGACUUGCCAUACAUUACAGCUAUUCUGUAUGAGACCAUGCGCUGGCAACCAGUCGAUCCACUUGGUUUAGCCCACCUUGUUACGGAAGAAGACGAAUACAGAGGGUAUCGAAUUCCGAGAAACUCGGUAGUUACCGGGAACGUUUGGGCUGUAUUCCGAGAUGCAGAGAUAUAUGGACGGGACACGGACAAGUUCAUUCCAGGUCGAUUCCUUACUCCAGACGGUCAGAUCAAUCCCGAUAUCCCGGAACCCACAAUGUUUUGGGGAACCGGGAGGAGAAUAUGUCCUGGCCGUCAUUUUGCAAUGAUAAGUAUGUACGCGGCCGUAGCAGGCAUGCUAUAUUCCUUCAACAUUAGGAAAGUCAGGGACAAGUUUGGAAAUGAAAUUGUGCCAAGUCAAGAGUUUACGUCGUCUUUACAGAGUCGGCCUGUACCAUUUCCAUGCGAAAUCAAGCCACGGUCUGAACACCACGAGAAACUAAUAAGAACCGCUGCGGUUUUGAUGAACGAUGUUGACAUUUAGGCAGUUAUUUAAUGUUUGCACUCGUUCGUGUUUUGUCCAAGUUGGCGCUGCGGUAAUACUGUUCUGUACCGAUGCAUCUCUAAAUACUACAUUACAUAAUCCAGAGUUAUGCCAGGA